GGAUGUUCCAAAGUUUAUGAUGUAUUUCAUUUGUAUCAUCCUGUUCUGUAAAAAUUGAAGUAAUUAAAUGUUAGUUUACGAAGUAUAGCUACAUAUGAUUGAAUUGAAAAGAAUCUGCGUGAAAGUUGCAAGUGAACGAACUUUGAAUAGUGAUUUGGUUAUUAUAAUAUUUUACCGACUGUGCAUCGGUAAAGGUUCUCAAACACAAUGGCGUCUGACGUUUUGUAUUCAUGUGUAAAUGAUCCAAAUUUUACAAUAAUUUGUAUGUUUAUCGAUAAAUUUUCUGAUGCUUGUGGAAUAAAUAAACCACCAAUAAGUGAGCUUUGUUGUAUGCUAGAAAACACAAAAGAAGUUGCACCAGCUUUAGAGGAACUGCACAUAAAAUUACUAAGAAAGAUAAAAAAGACUGUUCCAAUCAAUAGAUGGGAAAACGCUCUUGCAAAAUUUGCUUACUCGUAUUCAAACCAAGAUGCCUGGGAACUAGAACGUUUUGGUUACAAAAAUUCCAGCACAGUGGUAAAGCUUCGAAUUUUGAAGGCGCUUUUGGAGGCACAGUUUGAUCGCAACAUAAAAUUCAAAGGAUUCAUCAAUGGUAUAGCUGCAGAAGAACUUCGUUCUGAACCCAUAGGAAAAGACAAAUUUGGUAACACAUAUUGGUGUAUUUUGGACCAACAAUGCAGCGUGAAAAUAUUUUGCGAAAAUUUGGAUGAUGAAACAUGGAAAGUUGUUGCAAGUACCCGCGAUGAAGUCGCGCAGUUAAUAGAAAAUCUGAAAAAUAACGAAUUUAGCAUAGCCUCAUCUCAAGACGUGAUUGAUGAAGACACAAGCAGCAACAGUAAUUUAUCGCAUUUAGACGAUAACCCAUGUUUGAAGCAACAAGCCAAAGAGAAUUCUCUUAUUAUUGAGAGAAGAGUUUAUAAAAUAGCUGAGGAAACAGUGCACGAUGAAAAGAAAAUUUUAUUUGGAGAUAAAAAUGAACCAGACAAUCCCCAAUCCAAUAUUCAAGUAACGAAGGAUUUAGAAAUUACAAAAGUUGACUUAAAAAUGGAGUCCAUCGAGAAAGGAGAACCGACAAAUGAUACUGUGGAAGAACCAACUAUGGUUAUUCGAGGUGAAGGAUCAGGAGCAAAGUGUGAAUCCCAACCAUAUUUUAGUGAAGUUAUAGAGGAACCUACACUUUUUGUGUAUGGUUUAGGUCAUGGUGUGGAUAAUAAGAUGGGAAACAUAAAAACAGGUGAUGAUACGAAGACGGAAGUUAACGUCUCUAAAGAUGAGAUUCAAUCACAACCAUGUAAGGAAUCCGAUAUCAAUAAAAAUGCAAGUGUAUGUUAUCUUCCGAAAUCUGCCCGAACAGAUAACAAGGAUCUCCCGCUUAAGAAAAAGAUAAAUAAAAACUACAACCCCAAUGAUCAUCAAGUAACUUCAGUAGACAAAAACAAGGUAAUUGAUGAAGCAAAUGUAGAUAAGACUGAAGCACAUUCAAAAGCAAGUAAGCAUAGCAGUAAAUGCGUGGAAAUUGAUAGCAUAUCCUCGGAAAUAAUUGAGCACGAGGAAUUAAAAGAUGACUGUUCGGUAGAUAGCACAAUAAAAUAUAGUGAUGACAAAUCUGAAGAAAAACACAAGGAACUACAUUCAUGCUCCCUAGACCAACAUUCAGAAAACAGUAACCCGAAUAAAGAAAAAAGCCUACCAGAAUCAGCAUUCUGCGGAAAAAACAGUAUGAAAGAAGAAAUCGUUUCAAGUUCUCCUGAUAACUGUGAAGUGAGCAAAAGUAGUUCCUAUGACAAACUUUUAUCAACAACAGAACAUAAGAACAAUUCUUCAGUUUCUUAUGAUGAACACGAUAAUGGCACAAUUGUGCAUGCACCUCAAUCUAACCAGGAAAGUUUACAUAAGAUGGAAACCGAAUCAAGUUUAACCGUUGAUACACAUGAAUCUGAAAAAAUGUCAUCAACCCCCGAUGAUAAACCAUGCAACAAAGCUAAAAGAGGAAGGAGAAAUAAAGCUGGUAUAGUGGACGGAUUAGAUAUUUCACAAGUAAUUAUCGACAAAUCGGAAAAUGGAUCACCUCCCAUUCGGCAAUCAAGGAGAAUAGCACAGCAGAAAAUACAAGAAGAAACCAACAGGCGUAUGAUCGAGGAAAAAAUGCUGCGUCAGAUGAAGGCAGAGGCGAUUAAGAAAAAAAGGGAAAUUAAGCAAAGUAUAUCUGACGAUGACGACGAGGACUAUGUUAUGUCUGAUGAUGAAGACUCCAAACAUACUGAAUCAAAAGUGAAAAUAAAGAAGAAGAACGAUAAGCCCUGGAUGAACUCUUCUUCAGAAAGCAGCAGUGAAUCUGAACCGGAAGAUGAUUAUAUUGAACAUGAACGAUCAGAUAUUCAGUCGUUGAAGUCAGACCACGAGUUUUCACCAGAAUCUGAUCUGGAAGAUAUUAUCGUACCAGUCAAGAGAGCUAGAACUGUCAAAGUUGAAAAGUAUUCAGAUAACGAUAAUGAAUCUAUAGAUUCCAACAGGGAUCACGUUUGCCAAAAAUGUGGUAAACAAGAUCACCCCGAAUGGAUUCUUUUGUGUGAUUCCUGCGACAAAGGUUAUCAUUGCUCAUGUCUUGUCCCAGUGUUGUUUAUCAUACCUGAAGGGGACUGGUUCUGUCCUAUAUGUCAACAUGAUAAAUUGAUAUCGAAUCUACAGAUCAAACUACUCAAAUAUGAUGAAUAUUUUGAAAAGAUGAAAGCUGAAGAAGCUCUUCAGAAACAAAUUUUGGAAGAACAAAAUGCUUUAAAGCGUGAUUGGUCAGAAGAAGAAAAAUCAGGUUUGGAGAUAAAGAAAUAUAAGGACAGGAGACGUUCCAAAACAUCUAAAAAUACUGCAGAUGACACUUCCUCAUCAUCUACCGACGGCAAGACAUCCAAUAAACAUUCCGAUGAUUCAAGUUCAGAUGAUGUUCCUAUUUAUAAAUUAAGAAGAAGGAACACGUCAAAUCUAAGCUACAAAUUAAAUGAAUAUGAUAACCUUAUUAAGUCGGCUAUUGAUCGGAGCACCAUUGAAUCUCCCGAGUCACCACCUCAUGGUAAAGAUAUAAGGAAUAUUGUAGAAGCUAUCAGAAAAGAGGAAUGUAAGCAAAGUCGAUCACACAGUAAUUCUCCAGUACCAGAAAAAUUCAAAAUACAAAAAAAUAAUACAUUAAAGAAGAAGAAGAAGAAAAGACUGAAUAGUCUUGACGUGAGUUCAGAGGAAGACGAUGGAUCAGAUGAAGAUUUUUCUGAGGAAAUUUCUUCUUCAGAAGACAGUUUCUCUAUGACUGAAGAUAGUGAAAGUUCUUUAGAAUUGAAGAGGUCGAAAAAUUUCCGUGCCGCGGCUAGCAAAAAAAGAGACAAGGAAUUUAUCAACGAUGACGAUGACGACAGUGACAAAAGUACUGCUUAUAAUAUCCGAAAGCGCUCAAACAAAACGAAAAAAAUUCUUGAUGAUUCGGAUGAAUUUAAUGAUGAGGAUGUCACGGAAAGUGAAGAAAUUAACAGCGAGGAUCUGUGUAACGAUACGGAAACUGAUAGCAGUGAAGAUGACUGGAAGAAAAGAAAAACUAAAGUAAAGGUUAUUAACCGUGUCAAAAUCAAUGAUCACAAUAAAAAGAAGUCCAAGAAAGCUAAUGACGAUGAGACAUACAAAAGUGGUAUCAGAAAAAGACCAGCACUAAUUCAAUCAGAUUCAGACUCUUCGGGCCAAGAGAAAAUAUCAGAUAUACAUAAUAAACGGCGUACUCGUGGUAAAAAGCUACAUUAUAUUCUAGAUGAGGAUUUUGAAAGUUCUGACGAUGGAAUUACUCCAGGAGUUCAGCGUCCAGAUACCCCUCCAGAAGAACGAGAGAAAUUUAUUAAGAAGCAAGAAGAAAUAAAACGUAUGUUGGCUGAGAAAAAUACUGCAGCUGCAAAAGAACUUGCAACUCCUAUGAUAGAACCACUUCAAAUCCACGAGAAAAACAAACAAACAGCUCUUUCUAUAAUACCACUUCAAGUAAUAGAAAGUGCCAAAGUACUGGAUAUUGACUUCCUCAAAAGCUCUAAACACCUUGAUUCGGAUGAUUUUGACGAAGAGCUAGCUGCCAACCUUCCUGAUCCUGAUGUAAAUGAAGAGGAAUUAGCUAAAAUAAUGGAAGAAGAGGAUUUUGCUCAGCAUCAGUUAAAGUUAGAUGAUGCAGAAAUAGAAAGAGACACUUGUGUUACUGAAAUGUUGAUGAAGAAAAAAAUAAGGCAUUUCGACAGUAUCGAUCCAACAAAGAUUACAAAACCAGACAAAAAAACCGGUUCCUUGCCGGUGGAAAGAAAAGUGGACGCAGUGUGUAGCAACCUCGUGAAUUACCUUCAGUCCAAAUCAAUUGCAAACCCCCCAAGUGUUGAUGUAAUUUCCACGGAUAAACAUUUAACGACAAACCCAAACUAUCACAGUUUGAUUUCUUCAGCGACUGGUUCUUCAAGCUUACUGCAGCAAAUGAAACAGCAAGCAAUUCCUCUACAAGAUGUCCAAAGCCAUACAACAACUCUCAUAUUAAAUAGCAAAAAAUCGUAUCCAUCCACAGUUCCACUUCUUCCGCAAACACUUCUACCUAUUUCGAAUAGCUUACUACCUACACCAUCGAUUGAAUCAAAAGAUGGCGUUGAUAUACGAAGGAGGCGACGGAAAAAAAUUACCCCUUUGAGAGGCGAUUUGUACAGACCAAUGGACGGAAGAUCACCUCUUGAUGCGGCAAAACAAUUGCACUAUUUAUCAUCAACUCCUCCCAAUGUGAUACAAACGGAUAAAGGAUUCGCAUUUGGGCAGCAGAAACAAGUCAGCACCAGUAUCACGCCAACAUUCAUAGCUGGUAGUACGAAAAUCAACGACAGCAGUGAAAGAUUCACAAACCCUUGUACAUACAUUUUACCACCAGAUUACGGGUUUUGCAACACCACGAGCAGCAGUAAUACCUCCAUUGUUCCCCAACCUGAAACUAGCACACUAAAUGAACAUCAUCAUCGGUCGUUUGUGUCUCUAGAGCCUGUUAAUACUGAAGAGCCAGUCGCGGAACAAACAACGGUUAUCGUCGGAAAUACCGAUCAUCAAACCGAGACGGAGAGCACUAGUGAGUUUAGUGGCUUAGUCAGUUACUUCAGUUCACAGCAAAAUGAGUUAAAUGCCUAAAACCUAGAAAAGCACAGAUAGAUUGUUAAAUAAAGACAAGUGUAGAAAAAAUAA